CGCGCCGGAGGCUGAAAUCUCUUUCCUGAACAAACGGUCGUGCUCGAGACGCUCACUCGGCCUUCAGAGUCACACACCGGCUUAUAAAAGACCCCGAAAAACCCGGGCUUGACUUUUUAACUCCUCUGAGCUCAUCAGAAGAUGGACAAUCAGAGGGUUUCUCAGUCCCGCCCCAAGGAAGUAGGUGGCCAGAGGCAGGGCUCAGCCAACUCCGCUACCCAUCGCAACCCCCGUGGGGGCGGAAGGAGAGGAGCCCAGCGUUCAUCCCACUCUGAAAGCCAUGCCCCAGAAGACGCCGCCUUCUUCCCCGAGGCGACUGGGCCUGUGCAUGGCUCUCGAGGCGAGAUCGUGUGGUUCAACAGCAACAUGCAAGCCCAGGACUACUUUCAGGACUCGUUGAGCUUGGGGACGGGAAUGGGGACGAGUCCCAGAGAGCAGGUGGUCCACCGCUCCCUGGUGUUCAGAUCUAAACGGAAACCGGAGAACCAGCCCGGUCGCGAAGAGGUGGAGCGUAUGCGUUCCCGUUCCUACAGCGCUCAGAAAAACCAGCGCUCGUCCUCCGAGCCGCAGAGGGGACGCAGGAAGAGGGGUUACUCGGAGACGGAACAUCCCACUCAGAGAAGACGGGACAACAUCAUCAUGAGCGGACUCCAGUGCCUCACCCAGGAGAAAAUCUGGUUCGACAAAUCCAGAUAUGACGAAGCAGAGCGAUGCUUCUACGAGGGAAUGAACGGCGUGCCUUCGGCUCCUCAGGACGCAGAUGCUAACGGCCUCCUGCAGGACAUAGUCAAAGCCCGCCAGGCUGUCCAGCAGUCUCUAGCCGGAAGUCAGAAUGCCAGCAAAUCAGAUGAUCAGAGCGGGCUGGUCUCACGUGUAAAGAGCCUGGAGCUGGAGAACAAGAACCUCCAUAAAGUGGUGGAUGACCUGAGGGCCAUGCUGUCCAAACUAGAGAGCAGACUGUCCGUGCUGGAGAAGAGUUCGAGUCCGGCUCCCAAAGCCUCGGCCGCUCCACAGGCCGCCCCGGCUCCCAAACCCAGCGCGGUGGUGAAAGAAGCGGACGAGGAUGAGGACAUCGACCUGUUUGGCAGCGACGAAGAGGAUGAAGAGGCAGAGCGCAUUAAAGCACAGAGGGUGCAGGAGUACGCAGCGAAGAAGGCGAAGAAACCCGCCCUGAUCGCCAAGUCGUCCAUCAUACUCGACGUCAAACCUUGGGAUGACGAGACAGACAUGGCCAAGCUGGAGGAGUGUGUGCGGUCGGUGCAGAUGGACGGUUUGCUCUGGGGCGCCUCCAAACUGGUGCCUGUCGGUUACGGCAUCAAGAAACUGCAGAUCAACUGCGUGGUCGAGGACGACAAAGUCGGAGUCGACAUACUCGAGGAGGAAAUCACCAAAUUUGAGGACUAUGUCCAGAGCGUUGAUGUUGCUGCUUUCAACAAGAUCUGAGCUUUUGCUCGACAAUCAACUCAUCACCUCAUUUCAAAGGGCUGCCUGCUGCUACUCUGUUGCACAGUUACCAAUAAACCGUUACAAAGCCUUACAAACUC